AUGUUCAAACUCACCACUAUCUGCGCCAGCUUGGCGCUCCUUGCUACAUCCGUUGUAGCGGAAGACGACAUCUCCUUCUCGGCAUGCGGGCUAAUCGGUUCAUACUACCCCUCUCCACACAUUCUGAAGUCGUCCAAGACUGCUUCAAGUAUCAACACCACAUUCACUCAAGUGUUUGACAAGUUGAUCCAAGAUGGAGGGAGUGAGAAGUAUGGUAAUAUCACCGUCAACAGCACAUCCUUUUCGGUGGUGAUUUUCAGUGGAGCGGCAGAUCUUCGUGAGGAUCCCACACUGUUUGAGUACCACUACACUUCAGGAAUGGACUUUCAGGAGACUGGUACCAAUCUCACCUCCAACACUGCAUUUCCUGUGGGCGACUUGACCAUGAUUUUCACCGUUUACACGUGGCUUGUAAAAAUGGGCGAGACUUGGGAUGCCCCUAUCACCAAAUUUCUCCCUGAAUUGAAGACGCUCGAUUCGUCUUCCAUUGCCUCAUGGGAUGACAUUACCAUCGGCUCUCUGGCUGGCCAAGUUUCAGGACUGACACGAACAUCAAAUGCUUGCGAAAUUGGCCACAGCUGCGACUGGAACGAGUUUGUGCUUGGGCUAAGCAAAGAACCAUUCUUGUUUCGCUCCGACACAACCCCGAUCGUAUCAUACGCUGCUUACCAACUCCUAGCAUUUGCCAUGGAGAAGGGAUCUAAAGGCCAUAGCUUUUCAAAUGUCUUGAAAGAAGCCGUAUUUGAACCUCUCGGCAUGGCAUCCAGCGGUCUUCUCGACGACAAGUCUAGCAACCAAAGCGUCUUCGCAAUCGGAGGGCUCAACAUGUCACAGACAGGUGAACCUGGGGCCAUCUCAAUCGUCAGCUCCAUCUCUGAUCUCGUUCGAGCCGGCCACGCCAUGUUGGACUCGACGCUCCUCAACAAGGCUGUAACCCGACGUUGGCUCCACGGUACAUAUUCAACCUCAAAUCUUCGAAAUGGCGUCGGCCGCCCGUGGGAAGUCUACCACUCUGGCUCCACACCCAUAUCCCCCGUGCUCGAUGCUCAUACAAAGAGCGGCACCAUCGGAAAAUACGCCAGCUAUUUCGGUCUUGUUCCAGAGCUUGAGGCUGGGUUUGCUAUCCUCGCGCACGACAGUACCGUUGCGGACCGCAAGCUUGAUCUCAAUGUGCAUGCCGAUAUUGUCAGUGAAGCCUUAGGAUAUUUCGUAAAGGCGGCUGCCGAAGAGACGGUUGCGAGGUACGGCGGUUCAUACGGAGUAAAGGAUGGCAACGGCGUAUUUGGGCAAUUCAGCAUCACAAGCAACGGAUACGGGCUGGAGGUUCAAGCGCUUCGAGAUCAGAAUGGAGCAGAUCUCAGAAAGGAGUACGCAAACAUCCUGGAGAUUGAGGAGGCAGACUUGGACUUCCGGCUGUACCCUACGAAUGUGCAAGACAAGUCUCGACAUCAGUUUGUGGCUGUGUACCAAGACAAGAGUGCGCCCAUUGAUAUGGGUACGCCGACAUGUAUUACUUGGCAAGAGGUCGGCGCGGUGUCUGGUAUUGCGCAUCGGUUCUGGUUUGAGUUGGAUGAGAGUGGUGGUGCCGCUCGAAUUCUGAUUGAUCAGGGAGAUGUCGUGUUGGAAAGAAGCGAAUAA